AAAGGGGGUGGUUAAAGAUAUCAUCAAUCGUGGGUUAAAUCAAAUUUUAAGACGUGUCUUGUGAUAUGAGAAAUUUUAUUUAAUUUACUUUUAAAAAAUUUUAAAUUUCUAUUUCAUAUUUAUAUUUCUAAAAAAAUACUAAGAAUUUUCUACUAAAAAUUAAAAAUGGUUUUGGAUACGGAGUCUGCACAACCAGAAAAUCCUGAACAAUCAAAAAAAGCAGCAAAGAAAUUGGCUAAAGAAGCUGAAAAGGCAGCUAAGAAAGCAGCACACAAAGCCGCAUCCCAAAAGGAAAAUGAUACUCAAGAAGAGAAAGAGGAUGUAUCUUUAGGUAGAUAUGGCCAAAUGAAAAUGAUCCAAUCAAUAGAAAAGCACGAAGAAAGAAAUUUUAUUAAAGUUGUCGAUUUAAAAAAUUAUAUUGGAAAAGACAAUAUCUGGGUAAGAGGUCGAGUGCAUACAUCUAGAAGUAAAGGAAAACAAUGUUUUUUAAUUUUGCGACAAAAUAGUAGCACCGUGCAAUGUAUUGCUGCAGUUAGUGAAAAUAUUUCGAAACAAUUGGUAAAAUUUGUUGGAGGAAUUUCUAAGGAAAGCAUUAUUGAUAUUAAGGUGUCAGUGGUUCAAGUUCCAACAAAAAUAGAAUCUUGUACAGAGCAAACUUUAGAACUCUCAAUUGCUGAAUGUUUUGUAGUAUCUGCCGCUAAGCCGCAGCUUCCUUUACAAAUAGAAGAUGCUUCAAGGCCGGAAAACCCUGACGAUCCUGAAAGUUUAAAUAUUAGAGUAAAUCAAGACACUCGCCUCGAUAAUCGUGUACUGGAUUUGAGAACACCUGCGAAUCAAGCUAUUUUUCGUUUAGAGGCCGGAGUUUGUAAACUUUUCCGCGAUAUACUUACAGAACAAGGUUUUACGGAAAUUCAUACCCCAAAAAUUAUUUCAGCUGCAAGUGAAGGAGGUGCUAAUGUUUUUACCGUUAGCUAUUUCAAAGAUUCUGCUUAUUUAGCCCAGUCACCUCAACUUUACAAGCAAAUGGCAAUCGCUGCAGAUUUUGAUAAAGUUUUUACAAUUGGAGCGGUAUUUCGUGCUGAGGAUUCGAACACACAUCGCCAUUUGACUGAAUUUGUUGGCGUUGAUUUAGAAAUGGCCUUUAAAUAUCAUUAUCAUGAAGUUUUAAAUACUAUCGGAAAUACAUUUACUGCUAUUUUCAAAGGUCUGCGUGACAACUAUCAACAUGAAAUCGAUGCAGUUUGUCAACAGUAUAGAGUUGAGCCAUUUAAAUUUUUAGAACCACCUUUGGUGUUGAAAUAUUCCGAAGGAGUAGCAAUGUUAAAAGAUGUUGGCGUUGAAAUGGAGGAUACGGAAGAUUUAUCAACUCCAAAUGAAAAGUUAUUAGGACGCUUGGUUAAAGCAAAGUACGAUACAGAUUUCUAUAUUCUUGAUAAGUUUCCAUUAGCAAUUCGACCUUUUUAUACUAUGCCAGAUCCGGUCGACCCAAAAUGGUCAAACUCAUACGAUAUGUUUAUGCGUGGUGAAGAAAUAAUAUCUGGUGCCCAGCGUAUUCAUGAUCCAGAAUUUUUAACAGAAAGGGCGAAGCAUCAUGGAAUAGAUAUUUCAAAAAUUGCGGCAUAUAUAGAAGCUUUCCGUUUUGGGUGUCCCCCACAUGCUGGCGGUGGAAUAGGCUUAGAACGGGUUGUUAUGCUUUACUUAGGCCUUGAUAACAUUCGGAAAACUUCAAUGUUUCCUCGAGAUCCAAAAAGAGUUACCCCUUAAAUAUGAAUGGAUUAUAAAAGUUUGGUUUUUUCUUCAAUGAAUUUAGUUUGUACUAACUUUAGCGCCCAAUUAUUUCCUCAAUUUUAUUUAAAAGUCAAAAAAAAGUGUUACUUAACGUAAAUGUAGUAAAUGUAAGCAUAAUUUUUUUAUU